AAUCUGCUCCUCAGCUUAUUUUUCCUAGAAAAACAGACUUGGCUGAUGUAACCCUGCCUCACCCAUUCAUCUUUUUCCAUGUGACACUCAAGGGCUCCAAUUCCGUUUUCUACUUUUUCCAACAAACAGUGGCACACUGCACUUAGACCAGGUUUUAUAUUCUCAACAGUCCCGUACUCGUCGAUUUGAAAGCAGGAAAAGCCCCUUUGAAACGUGUUGGCAAAUGCUACUUGUGUGCGUUUACCCUGGGUAGAGCAAGUUGGGUUACAAACCGAACGUUAGCACUCUAGUGGCUUCUUUUAUUUAUGUAUCGGAGCAAGGCUGUAUGGGGGCUAUAGGACAGCUGCACUUAGGCAUCGUCUCCUGUGGCUGUUGCAGACAGGGAAGCCCACGUCCCAAGCAGCUGAUGUGCCUCAGGUCCUCAUGAUGAAUGCACGAGGUUUUUGCCAUUUUUUGUCCUACGGCUUCCCUGUCUCCUAUGCUCAGACAUGGAGGUCGUGUUCUCCUGGCCUGCUCCCAUCUUGGAGCUGCUACAAUCAGACCUACUCUGUGGGGACAGAAGAGGAGCUUCCCCAUUGCACGUUAACUGCCAGUCAUGGGUACUCUGGAAAGGACUUUAAAAUGCUGGUGCCUGAUGACUUGCAGUAAUUAAGAAAUCCAGAAAUAACCUUUCUGUCUCAAUGUUAUCACCAAGGUGUGAGAUAUAUAGGUAAUAUGCUCAACACCUGGAGGAAAAACUGGGCCAUCUGCAAGGAAGCAAAGGGCAGGAGAUAGGAACCAGUUAAGACACAAGAAUAUUUAUUUAGAAGCUUUUAUUAAAAUAUUAGCAUGCUCCCUCCUGUGGGUAAAAAUGAGAAGAGGCAAAACUGGACUGUUCAGCAUCAAAAGCUCUUGCACAACAAGGGAACAAAGUGAAACAUGAUGGAAGAAGCCCUUGGUGGACGAUGUGGACUCAUGGUGACACGAACGACAGUGUUUGCGCUGCAGAGAAGAGAGGAAAAUGUUCUCCGUACAAUCAUUGCAGGUUGUUCCAGGAGAAAUGGUGUUUGCUACUUGGGCAACGGUCAAGGCAUUUAGGGCAGACGUGGUAGAAGCCUUAAAAUCUGAAGCUGUGCAUGUUUUGGUGGACUCGUGGCCUCUGCCAGUGAAAGGGGGCGUAAUCGAACAGGCGGACCAGCCGCGGCGCUGGAAGAAGCUGCCUUUUUAGGCAAAAGAGUCAUCCUUCUGAGCUGCUGGUUGUGUGGGAGAGGGAAGGAUCAUGACUGAUGUGGUGGGUGGAGGAGGAGGAUGUGGAGCACAAGCUGGCACGUUAUAAAUAGUCAGCCAUGGGUGAUGCCUCCAGGACAGGGCUCAUCUGAGGAGUGGACACUGCUGGCUCCACGUGGCAUUGCUCCCAGGGUGGCCAUGUGUGUGGGGAAGUGCAGCCGGAUCGUGGGUCCCUGCCUGCUGGUGCUGGGCACGCUGUCCAUGGCAGCCAACAUCCUCCUGCUCUUCCCCGGCGGGGCAUCCAAGUACCUGGUGGAGGGGCACAUCAGCAAGGAUGCCAAGGCCAUGCCGGGCAUCUGGGGAGGCGGCAUCACCGUGAGUAUCGCGGUUUCCACCGUGUCCUUCCUUGCGUCUCUGUGGAGCAGGGAGGAAGGGAUGGAGCAAGUGGCUCCCCUUCAUCACCCAUCCGCUUUUCCCUUCCCACAGGUGCUGCUGGCAGCGACACACAUCACAGCGGUGGGGUGGCGAUGCGCCGGCUGCUCUGACUGUGGCACCCGUCGCAACGCUUUCAUCUCCGCUGUGCUCUCCAAGCUGGCACUCCUGGGCGCCGCAGCCUGCUUCGUCCUCUCCGGGGUGGGUUUGACCAACGGACCCCUCUGCUUCUACAAUGCCUCCGAGCACGGUGGCGGUGGGCACGGCAUGCUCUGGGGUUACCCCUUCCUGGACACCGGCAGCCAGAAGCCUGAUGCCAGGGCAGAGAACUACCUGCACGAUCAUCGCACCUGGAGCAUCUGCCUGGAGCCGGUGGGUGUCGUCACCUGGAACAUCGUCCUCUUCUCCCUCCUGCUGCUCGUCAGCGCCGCCGAGAUGGUGCUGGCCUCCAUCCAGAUCCUCAAUGGCUGCCUUGGGUGCCUCUGCGGCUUUUGCGAGGGGAAAUAGGGACCUGCUACGGUGCCAGGAGGCUGGCGCUCAGAGGAGGUGUCAUCCCUGGGUGUCCCUCAGCUGGUGGCAAAUGCCGUGGCGGGGAUAUGGCACAAGCUGUGAUACUGGCCUGGUGCAAGACAGACAGACUCCCCCAUGGGGGACAGACACCGAAGUGAGGUCGGCGUGCAAAGAGCUGCCUCCACGCAGAGCCCUCCGCCCGGGCAGUACUUCUUCCUCCACCCUGGAGCGGAUGUCCUUGGGGCUGGCAGCCGGUCGGGAUUGGAAACCAGCCCUGUGAGCGAUGGAGGUGGGGACCUGGCUCCUGGCAUCCCUGCACCGAGCCCAACGACUUCUGCGGGCACUCCCCACCAGCCUCCAGUGCAAAAUGUGACACGGCCGGUAUUUGUAGAGAUAAGAGCUGGAACGUUAACUUAUUUUCGUUAAUCAAUCUGUAUUUAGGGCAGCUUGUGGUGGCGUUUGUCUUCUGCGUGGGGCAGGAGGGACGAAGGAGACCGGAGCAGCUGAGCCAGGCUCCGGCAGGGCCUGGGGAACUUGGAUGGAGUUGUGCUGAAGGAGGUAGCGCUGGAAUUGAGGUAUAGUCCCCCAAAGUCCACCCACACACACACACACACACACAUGCAGCAAAUCAGCAAAUGUGAGGAGCAGCCGCUCAUCCCCACCGGCCGAGGAACCCAUUGCACCAUCCGCUGCACUCGCAGGGGUGCCAGCGGCUUCAGCGCGUUCCCCCAUCCCCACGUGGGGACACAGGGACUGAGCG